AUGUACGAUGAAAUUGAUCUGGAAAAGCGUCUCAGUCUGCACCUGGAUCCAAAUUUCUCCACAAAUAAUUUGAACUCCAAUUUGGAUGAUGAACAGGCUCUGUCAUCGAAUUCAGAGCUUGCAAAAAUACAAACACAAAUGCAACCACCAACACAGGUAGGAGAACAAACAGAAAAGCAGAAACAAACAGUUGGACUGAGUCGUAAUCCAUUUAGGAACGCCUCUUCUGCGUUUGAUGAGCUGGAGAAUCCAACUGAAUUGCUCACCUCCGAGGAAAUCGAGAAAACCACACAACUAUUUACACAACCCCAGUCAGGCCAGUAUAGUAUGCAAGAAGAGGUUGCGACACCAGCCACGAUUUCAACAGAUUUUACAAUGACGGGACCCAAAUUAACUCCGCAAGAGCUCAAACUGUAUCCUUUUAAAACUUUAAACAGAAUUUUGGAUGAUCUUAAAUGGACGGUUCCCUAUAAGGAAAAGUUUGGCCAAAGUUUAUUAAACACCAGACCAAUUGAGUAUUCGGAAAGUUUACCAGCACUUGUUGGUUCAUGCCGAACUGUACCCGAAUUAUGCAUAAUGAAUGAAAUGAUUGACUUUUGUCCGGCAAUUCAAAAGUUUGAAUUCUUUGACGGGAAACAAAUUGUCAAUUUAAUUCGCGGUGUGAUUAUAUCUACCAAUAAAGAAAUAUAUCACUUUCGCAUAAUGAUUUUACAGGACAACACCAACCCAUUCGUUGUGAAUGUGGUUGACAAGCACCAAUACCACGUAAUUCCUGAAAGUCAUGUAUCCGAUGUUGAAAAAGAGCUUUUAUCCACACUUCUUUUGGAAAGAAAUGACACGGAAGAGACAGCGGUUAUUGAUGAUGCUUUUUUCAAAAGUCUGAGUGCACCGAAUAACAAUAUUUUACGGGUAACAAUUAUAAAAUCCGAGUUCAAUCAGGAGGAUUUGAAAAGUCUUUUUGAUCCACAGGCUAUCAAGGAACGGUAUUUGGCAAGUUUACCACGGCAUCCCGAUUUGGAUGCAUCAAGAAUACCCAAAGCGCAACAAUGUGUCAAUAUGUUGAUUAAAGUAUUGAAAGGGCCAAUCUUGUUGGGAGACCAAAACGUCAGGGUGAUCAGUCUCAACACUUCUUUGGAUGCACACGUUGAUGUGAGUUUUCUUAUUGAGAAUCUUGGCUUUACUUUGGAUCGCGAACGAAACGAAGUGAGCCCGCCAAAGUUGAUAGACUCGCAUUUUUUAUUGGAGUCAUACAUUCGCAAAGCACUUGAGUUGAUCAUAAUUGCACAGACUUUACCACCUGAGAACAAUAUAGCACGCAUCAGCUAUUCCUUUUCAACAAACUUGAAUAAGGUGUUUGAUGUGAUUGCCGAGGUGGACAAAAAGGAGAGUACAACCAAUUUCACCAGCAAUUUUGCAAAUCGAAACAAGUCCUUUAUCCAAUUGAGCAUAUCAGGUCAUUUUACAGACGAUUUGAUUAUCAAAUGCUUUGAAAGUACAAUGCAGUCCAAUCCGGAGAAUAAACUUUUCUACAUUGAUGCAUUAAAGGAUGUCAAGAGCAUUAGACAAUCUGCAGGUACAAGUUAUAACUCUAAAUUGACAUUAUACAUCAAUAAAAAGUUGCAUGCAGGUGAUUUUGUUGGAUACAAGGAUUUGAUUGAAUCAUUGAAAAUUUUGGGAAUCGAAGUUGACCCUUCAUACACUGACGCGAGACUUUUGGACGACGACGCUAUUAUUGCAGCCUAUCAAACUCAUUUCAAGGACGACCCUAGAAAUUACCAAUACUACAAUAAGCAGCUUAAAAGCGUUGCAAUUGCCAAGAAUUCACAAAGAAUUCGCGACUAUUUGGCUGGAGAAAUUUUACCGAUGAGUUUAGCUUUGUUUGAGCUUGAAAUCGAAGAGAUUACCGAGGACGAUGUUGUCAUUACUGCAUUUGAAUUUAAACUAGAAGAUAUUUUACAACGCAAUGGUUUUGACAAAACCGCUAGUGAAGUUGUCCUUCUUACGCGUGCAUUUGCAUCAAUUGCUAUACAACGGAAGAGCUACCUUUUAUUGAACUACCUUGAACAAAAACUACCGGAAUAUGCAUCAGUGCCACAAGAAACAAGGUAUGGUGAGACUUUGCUUUCUCGAAGCUAUGAAUUGCUUGGUGCUCUGGAUAGUAAUUCUGAUUUCGAGUUGGUGUCUAUUUUCCAAAGCGUAUUGUCCACCAGUUCAAUUGAUAUCAGGGUUUUACGACGCGCAUUUAGGUCAAUUGCCAACUCUAGAAAUUCACAAGUAAUGCAAACGUUUUUAGAAACAGGCAAGAUUGACUCGCAAUUGUUGCCUGCAGAAAACUGGCCGGCUGGUUUGGACAAUAUUGGAAAUACUUGUUAUUUAAACUCAUUGCUACAGUAUUAUUUUUGCAUCAAGCCGUUGCGAGACUUGAUUUUAAACUUUGAUGAAGACAAGAUUGAUACUGGGCUGAUUUCCAAUGAAAGAAAAAUUGGAGGUAGAGUUGUUGAAGAAGCAGAGAUUAAACGAGCAUACCAAUUUAUUUAUCAUUUAAAAAGUCUAUUCCAUGAAAUGAUACAUACAAACAGUCGCUGCGUUAAGCCAAGCAGAGAAUUAGCAUACUUGUCGUUCUUGCCCUCUUCAUUACCUGUGACUUUUGUCGAUGGGAAUGAGCUAGGUGCAAAGAAAUCUGAAAAUGCCGAGCAGGACAUGGAUACGGAAAUGGAAGAUGCAGAUGUCACCAUUGUUGAGCAUCAAGAAUACUCAAUGGGAAAUACAGAAUAUAAAGAUAACCUGGUCGAUGAUCAUAAUACAGCUAGUUCUUUGCUGUCUAACUUUGACACUGACUCUUUAGAAGAGCCUGAAACUUUGGUUACAAGUGGCGAGCCAAAUAAAGAGUUUGAUGAUUUUGUUGAAGGAAAAGUUGUGAAAUUUGAAAAUGCCGAUCAACCUAAUGAUGAUGAAGAUGAAGAUGAUGUUGUUGUUGAGACUAAACAAAUUGAAAACAUUCACAAUGAUCAAUACAGGGAUAAAGAGACAAACAACCUUUUGGAUGAUAGGUAUGUUGACUCGAGGAUCCUCCCUAUUUCAGCUGAUGAAAUGGAGAGUACAAUUGAGCUUGGUCGCCAACAAGAUGUCACAGAAUGCAUUGAAAAUGUUUUGUUUCAGAUUGAGUCUGCUUUACCACCAACAUCUUUGGACGAAGAUAACGAGCAAAAUGAUAUGGUAAAGGAGUUAUUUUAUGGAAAAACAAAGCAAGUCAUUCAGCCAUUGCAAGGAGAUUCUUUACAAACGAGAACAUCAGUUGAAAGAUUCAACAGCUUAAUCAUCAAUGUUAGUGAUCAUCCAAAAAGCAUAUACGAUUCUUUGGACAGUUACUUUAAUGAAGAUAUUGUCAACUUGGAAGAUGGACCCGUCAAAAAGUCAAUCACCAUUGCUGAGCUUCCCCAAAUUAUGCAGUUUCAUGUUCAAAGAGUUAUGUUUGAUAAAGUAAAGUUGGUUGCGUACAAAAGCAUUGAACCCAUUCCAUUUAGUGAGAAAAUAUACCUCGGUAGGUAUUUGGACACAAAAGAUGAAGAGUUAUUGCGCAAACGUGAACAAGUGUUUCAAUGGAGAAGGGAGAUUCUUGAUUUAACAAGUCGAAUCUCCAAUAUCACUCAGGUUGAUGAGCGCAGUCAAAUGUCUAUCAUCGAUAGCUUGACUGCUACAAAGAAGUUCCUUGAGAAACGUAUCAUCAACAAUGACAAGUUGUGCAUUGAGCUCACGACAAUUCAAGUUAUUUCCGAUCAAAUUGAAAAGUUGAAGCAACAAUUGGCAGAAGCAAAGGAGCGAAUUGCAGAUCUCCAAACAAGGAUCUCUCAACAAUUUGAUUCAUACAACAAGAUUGGAUAUUCCAUCUUUGCAAUUUUUAUCCAUAGAGGAGAAGCAAGUUAUGGCCAUUACUGGAUUUACAUCAGAGAUCCGCACCAACAUGGUAUCUUCAGAAAAUAUAAUGACGAGAUUGUUAGUGAGGUUCCUGAAUCUGAGGUAUUCAAUUUCCUUGAGGGCAACACUGCGACCCCGUAUUAUAUCGUUUACGUUAAAGAUGCAUUAGAAAAGGAUUACAUCAAUCCUCUAAAUAGAUCUAUAACAUGUAGAAGCUAG